AGCGACACGUUCAAUCCGGAAAAGGGGCAAACUGCCAGCCCAGCAUCCUCACAGGGAGAAAAAUGCAGUUUGUUUGUGAUGGAUGCAACUGCCGUGCUGAGAGAGAGGGAGAAAGGGAGAGAGAGGGCGCAUAUAUUUGCAAAUGUUUGACACAUUCAGUGUUGACAAAACGAGUCAUGUGACGACCGUGAAGAUGGCGCAGCUUACGGUACAUUGCAGUUUUCUCACAGUUUCCUCGCGCCGGCUCCACAGUCCGGGAUCGGCGAACGACAUCGCGACCUAUUACCUACUAAUUACCGAGCGAUUCUGCCCCGUUCACGAUCGGCUGAGCAGCCUAUUGUGGAUCAGCUGGACUUGAACGGCGAUUGGCUGUAGGGGAGGGAGGAGGAGGGAAGAGCGAAAAACAAAGAAAUUAAAUAAAUAAGCUUCGAGGGAAAAAAAAGAGAGAGAAGAAAUCUCGCUUCAUGUGAAAUGCGGUUGCAAUAACACCUUUGUGUGUGUAUGUGUGGAGACCAGAAAACCGCCGCGUGCGUGCGUGCGUGCCCGUGUGAUUGCGUGCAUGUGUGCGCGUUACAUUAGGUGGACACGGAGACUGCAUCAGACUGGACACACACACACACACACACACACACACGGGGACAUAAUAGAAGCGGAGAUAUUGAGGCUUUGAUGGUCCUUCCUCUCUCUCUCUCUCUCACCAUCACUACCUCCCCCCUCCUCUCUCUCUCUCUCUCUCUCUCUCUCUCUCUCUCUCUCUCGUGCGCACACACACACACAGAAAACGCCAGGAUACUGAUUCCGGUCGAGACAUGUAGUCCCGUGUAUGUAUGUAUGUAUGUAUGUAUGUGUCUAUGGGCAGUCAGGAUAUUUUGUAGCCUUCAGCUCUCAUUUUUUAAAGCAGCAUCAUCUCAUCGACAUAAUGUGGCUUGGUCUACCGGAGGGAAAAUAACCAAAUAUGUGGAUACCUACAGAGGAGGAGAAAAUCGGAGUUGUGAUCUGCAACUUCCGGUCAGCAAUAUGUCAGGCCCUGGUCCUGGAGAUUGGGGAAACUGUACAGAUUCUGGAGAAGAGUGAAGGUUGGUACAGAGGCUUUUCCACCAAGAAGCCGUCUAUCAAGGGUAUUUUCCCAGUCAGCUAUGUCCACUUGAAGAAAUCCACAGUGACCAACAGAGGGCUGUGUGAGACGGUGGUGCCCCUCGAGGACCCUAUAAUCACAGAGACCACCUCCACACUGCAGGAAUGGGGUGUCUUGUGGAAGCAGCUCUAUGUGAAACACAAGGUGGAUCUAUUCCAUAAGCUCCGUCAUGUGAUGAACGAGCUCAUCGACCUGCGCCGGCAGCUGAUCCAGGGUCAUCUCGCCCAGGACCAGACUCGUGAGAUCAAGCGGCACAUCACUGUACGGCUUGACUGGGGCAACGAGCACCUUGGCUUAGACCUUGUUCCCAGAAAAGAGUUUGAAAUGGUGGAUCCAGAGCAGAUCAGUGUGUCGGAGCUAUACAAACUGCACGUAUCCAGCAGACACUGUGGUCAGCAAAGCACAAAUCAGGGUGACAGCCUGAGACAGCGCCAUGGUGACGGUUGCCGUGUCCCCGUGUCGCACCACCUCUUCAUCAAUCUGAAGAGCUUUACUUACAACAGCAUCAGUGAGGAUGCAGAUGUCUUCUUCUCUCUGUACGACACUCGUGAGGCCAAACAGAUCAGUGAGAAGUUCAUGGUGAAACUGAACAAAAAUGGAGGACCAAAGAAUCCUGAGAAAGUUGAUCGCCUGUGUGCUCUCUUCACGGACCUGAGCAGUAAAGACUUGAAGAGAGAUCUGUACAUCGUUGCACAUGUCAUAAGAACUGGCCGUAUGCUGCUGAAUGACUCAAAGAAAGGCCCCCCUCAUGUGCAGUACAGGCGACCUUAUGGCUGCGCUGUUCUUGCCAUGAGUGACGUUUUCCACACCAUCACUGACCUCAAAGAGGAGAAGGACUUUGUGCUCAAAGUUUAUACAUGUAACAAUGAAAACGAGUGGUACCAGAUACACGAGAACAUCAUCCGCAAGUCCAACACCAAGUACUCUGCUCCCAGCACCAACUAUGGCCUCAUCAUUUCCCUGCAGCUGCUGCGGGGUGAGCUGGAGCAGAUCAGACGGGAGAACCAGGCUGUGUUCAACAGGGCCCUGGCGCUCACACGCAAACUGGGUUUUCCAGAUGUCAUCCUGCCAGGUGACACACGCAAUGACCUGUAUCUGACCCUCGAACGGGGUGAGUUUGAGAGGGGCGGCAAGAGCGUCCAGAAGAACAUUGAAGUCACACUCUAUGUACUCUACGCUGACGGGGACACGCUCAAAGACUGUAUCAGUUUGGGCAGCGGGGAGCCCAACACCAGCGAAUAUCGCUCUUUUGUCCUUUACCACAACAACAGCCCUCGCUGGAGUGAGAUGGUCAAGCUGCCCAUUCCCAUAGAUCGUUUCAGAGGGUCCCACCUACGCUUUGAGUUCAGACACUGCUCUACUAAAGACAAAGGGGAGAAAAAACUGUUUGGUUUUGCCUUCACUCCCCUGAUGAGAGAAGACGGGACCACGCUGUCAGAUGAGAGCCAUGAGCUGUAUGUGUACAAGUGUGAUGAAAAUGCCACCUUCAGUAACCAGGGUCUGUACCUGAGCCUGCCCUGCUGUAAAGAGGACUUCAACAGCUGCCCCAACCUGCCGGCCAACCUGCCCUUCCAGAGAAGCCCUAAAGAGACCUUCUGGGUCUCCACGAUACUCUGCUCCACCAAACUCACACAGAAUGUCGACCUCUUGGCUCUUCUGAACUGGAAGGCCCAUCCAGACAGGGUGUUGGACAUCCUCGGGAGACUGCGUCAGAUCAGCGGAGAGGAGAUUGUGAAGUUCUUGCGAGAUGUCCUGGAUACGCUCUUCUGUCUUUUAGAUGACAACACUGAUAAAUACGGACCACUGGUUUUCCAGUCAUUGGUGUUCAUCAUUAACCUACUCAGGGAUAGCCGUUUCUACCACUUCAGACCUGUCAUGGACUCCUACAUCCAAAACCACUUUGCUGGAGCUUUGGCAUACAAAGAGCUGAUUCGAUGUCUGAAAUGGUACAUGGACCGCUCGGCCGAGGUUGUCCGGCAGGACCACAUCCAGGAAGCCAUGAGGGCUCUGGAGUACCUGUUCAAGUUCAUUGUCCAGUCUCGUAUCCUGUACUCGAGAGCCACCUGUGGGAUGGAGGAAGAGCAGUUCAGAGCGAGCAUCCAAGAGCUCUUCCAGUCGAUCCGCUUCGUCCUGAGCCUGGACAGCCGCAGCUCAGAGAACCUGGUGUUCACGCAGGCAGCACUGUUGAACAGUUUCCCUGAUAUCUUUGAUGAGCUGCUGCAGAUGUUCACUGUUCAGGAGGUAGCCGAAUAUGUCAGGGGCACCCUAGGGAGCAUGCCCAGCACGGUGGACAUUGGCCAGUCUAUGGAUGUAGUCAAACUGCAGUCCAUUGCUCGUACAGUUGAGAGCCGCCUCUUCUUCUUCCCUGAGUCUCGUAGUAUUUUGCUGCCAGUGGUUCUGCAUCAUAUCCACCUGCAUCUGCGCCAGCAGAGGGAGCUGCUCAUCUGUUCUGGGAUCCUUGGCAGCAUCUUUUCCAUAAUCAAGACAAGCUCCAUGGAGUCUUCAGUUCAGGAGGAGGUGGAGAUGAUGGUGGAGAGCCUUCUGGACGUGUUGUUGCAGACUCUGCUGUCCAUCAUGAGCAAGUCUCACUCAGUGGAGACGUCCAGAGGACAACGCUGUCCCCAGUGCACCGCGGAGAUAACGGGGGAGUAUGUUUCCUGUCUUCUCUCUCUGCUUCGACAAAUGACAGAGAUCCACUUUCACCAUCUACUGAACAACUUUCAUAGCAAGGAGGAGCUGAAGGAGUUCCUGUUGAAGAUCUUCUGUGUGUUUCGCAAUCUGAUGAAACUGACCAUCUUCCCCCGAGACUGGAGCGUCAUGAGGCUUCUAACUAGUCACAUCAUCGUAGUGACAACACAGUUUCUGUCUCCGGCGCUGCACAAGAACUUCUCAGAGGCCGAUUUUGAUUUCAAGGUGUGGAAUUCCUUUUUCAGUCUCACUGUACUGUACAUCAACCAGCCCAGCCUGCAGCUAGAGGCGCUUGGCCCUGCUAAGAGAAAGAAAGUCCUUGACAAGUAUGGAGAUAUGAGAGUGAUGAUGGCAUAUGAGCUCUUCAGCAUGUGGCAAAAAUUAGGUGACAACAAGCCCCACUUCAUCCCAGGAAUGAUGGGACCCUUCCUGGGAGUCACCCUCGUCCCUCAAAUGGAGGUUCGAAACAUAAUGAUCCCAAUUUUCCACGACAUGAUGGAUUGGGAGCAGAGGAAAAACGGCAACUUCAAACAGGUGGAAGCAGAGCUGAUGGAUAAGCUGGACAGCAUGGUGUCAGAUGGGAAAGGCGAUGAUAAUCACAGAGAGCUCUUCAGCCUUUUGACCCAGCUGUUUGGUCCUUAUCCAAGCCUGCUGGAGAAGAUAGAGCAGGAAACCUGGAGAGAGACGGGGAUCUCAUUUGUCACAUCAGUCACAAGACUUGUUGAGAGAUUACUGGAUUACAGGGACUGUAUGAAAGGAGAUGAAAUGGAGAACAAGAAAAUUGGUGGUUCUGUCAACCUCAUGAACUUCUACAAGUCAGAGGUCAACAAGGAGGACAUGUACAUCCGUUACAUCCACAAGCUGUGUGACCUCCAUCUUCAAGCAGAGGACUUCACAGAGGCAGCGUUCACCCUGCUGUUGUACUGGGAGCUGCUGCAGUGGGAGGACCGGCCCCUGAGGGAUUUCCUCCACUAUCCCUGUCAGAGCGAGUGGCAGCGCAAAGAGAACCUGAGUCGUAAAAUCCUCCACUACUUCAACAAGGGCAAGUGCUGGGAAUAUGGAAUCUCUCUCUGCCGGGAGCUCGCUUUCCAGUAUGAGACUUUAUAUGAUUAUCAGAGCCUCAGCUGGAUACGGAAAAUGGAGGCAGCAUACUAUGACAACAUCAUUGAACAGCAGAGGAUUGAACCCGAGUUCUUCCGAAUGGGCUUCUAUGGCAGGAAGUUUCCUUUCUUCCUUAGGAAUAAGGAGUUUGUCUGUCGUGGUUAUGACUAUGAACGACUCGAGGACUUCCAGCAAAGGAUGUUGGGGGAGUUCCCACAAGCCAUCGCCAUGCAGCAUCCCAACCAACCUGACGACACCAUCCUGCAGAGUGACGCUCAGUAUCUGCAGAUCUAUGCGGUGACUCCAGUGUCAGACAUCUCUGAUGUGCCUCAGCUGGAGCGAGUGCCUGAGAGGAUCAAGAGCUUCUACCGCAUAAACAACGUCAGCCGUUUCCACUAUGACAGGCCUUUCCACAAGGGGCCCAAGGACCGCGAGAACGAGUUCAGGAGUCUGUGGAUUGAGAGAACAACCCUGAUCCUCUCCCGUCCUCUCCCCGGGAUCUCCCGCUGGGCCGAGGUGGAAAGGAGAGAAGUGGUGGAGGUGAGCCCUCUGGAGAAUGCCAUUUACGUGGUGGAGAAUAAGACCCAGGAGCUGCGGACUCUGAUCAGCCAGUACCAGCACAGGCAGCAUCAUGGCAACAUCAACCCGCUCAGCAUGUGCCUCAAUGGGGUCAUAGAUGCUGCUGUGAACGGAGGCAUCGCCAGAUAUCAGGAGGCCUUCUUUGAUAAGGACUACAUCAGCAGUCACCCAGAGGACACAGAGAGGAUCACACAUCUGAAGGAUCUGAUGCAGGAGCAGGUGCACAUUCUUGGAGUGGGGCUGGCUGUUCACGAGAAACUGGUGCAUCCGGAGAUGCGUCCCCUGCACAAAAAGCUUGUAGACCAGUUCCACAUGAUGAGGACGGGUUUACACCAUGGUGUGCCCAGCGUGGAUCGAUUCGGCCCUGCUGGCUGCCAAGGGGUCAACUCUCCAAGAGGCAUCCUCUCCUCCCACAGCCACAUGAGCCCUGAGAGUGUGCGCCUCAUACACAGACACAGCCCUCUGAACCUUCAGGGCUCGAUCCGUCACUCAUCCUCCUCCCUGUCCUCUCACACGUCCAGUGAGGCAGGAAACCUCGUCAUCAUGACUGACGGGCUGAUGGGAGAGCACCCCGAGGAGGCGUUACACAUGCAGCCGAGCCCCUCCUCCUCCAGCCUGAGCUCAAUCCGCUCCAACUCUUCCCAGAUUAUUAACUCUGCUCCCUCGAGUGCCAGAGGUUCUCCAUCCUUGCCUGAUAAAGCCAAACACAACCGGGAAGUGAUGAUACUGUUGCCAUCUCAUCGUGAGAGGGCCAACAACACCAUGUACUACAACAUGGCAGAGAAUGGACAGAACAACCACAUGCAGCGUGCCUUACUUCAACAAGUUAGCCCCUGUAAGCCGUGUGCUGAUCCUCACAUGAAUCUGCCAGAGAAAGUCUUUCCCAAUGCUCCCAGCAGCUGGAGUCUGGAUGGAGAGAACAGGGAGCAGGUUUCCUACAUGCCAGCUUCUACUGGAGGGGUAAUCAUGCCCCCUGUCCCACCCAGGUCCUUCCCACCAGGACACUUCCUGAUGCACUGUGAUGCGUUUCACCACCAGAACAGCGACCCUCCCCCUGCCCUGCCUGUCCGUUCUCUUCGAAAGUCUCCUCUCCACCCGAUCCCUGGCUCCCCCACCAGUCCCCAGUCAGCUCUGGGGGGCAGUAACUCCACUCUGUCAGGCAGCGCCAGCAGUGGUGUUUCCUCCUUGAGCGAGAGUAACUUUGGAGGUCAGUAUCCAGAACCUGGCCCGAUCAGGAAUGAUGCCUUGGAGCCUCUUCCCAGUCACCUGUGGUCCCCUCCGGACGAGUACCUGGCCUCUCCCUACCUGCACAUCCACUAUGGCGGACCAGAGAUCGACUCCGUGGACCCUGUCCGCCCCUUCCAUUACCGCAGCCCCGCCUCCCACCCGCACACCCACCCACACCCUCACGCCCACGCCCACUCCGGGCUGGACAGCCAUUCCCACGGGCCGCCGCCUCACCACCACGCUCCCACUCAUGGCCCUCAUCACAUCCCUUACCGCAGGCCUCAGCCUCCGGCCGUGCCGCCUAAGCCCUACCUGAGAGAGGGCUGCAUCCCCGAGGAAGAGCUUCCGCCUCAGCCCAUCCCGCUGCCCCGCAGGAUCUUCCACUCCCCUCACGGCCACAGGGAGGACCAGGGGAAGCAUGCCUGGGAGCAGUGCAUCAGCGAGGAGCAUGAGGAGGCGCAGUGAUGAGGAGGCUCCGGUUAUAUUUCAGUUAGAGCUUUCUUCUCCUUGUCUUUUUCCCUUCAUUUGCACUGAGUUAAAGAAGCAGUGAUAGAAAGAGUCUGACGCGAAGCGGCGGAGUGUGUGUGUUCCGCCGACCCUUCUUGCUCUGUGUUUUAUUUUCAGUGCACAUGAAGGAAAGAAACGAAGGAGCGAACCUCUGUGAAUCUACAGUAUGAGGCACAACUGCCGUCACUGCUCCGUGUGGCCUCUUAGUUAUUAUUAAAAGAAAAUUAUCUGUUGAACAGUGAGACAGAUUAACUGUGUUCAAAAAUUGAUAUUGAUUGUACACAAUUGUACAACUCGUCUGUGAGCAUGUUUUUUCAUUUGAUAAUAAUACAACAACAGUUUUGUGAAAUAUGACGACCAUGAUCAUAACCAACAUGAUCCCAGGUGCAGUAUAAGCUCUGAACUCUGUUAAUUUUUGCUUUUCAUGUCAUUUUCACAACACGAGGCAACUACAGAAGGUUAAUAUUCACAGUGAAGUGACUUCUCUGCUUUAAAUGCUUCAUAUAUAUGAAUUCUUAUUUUGAUAAAUUUGCUACAUUAUAGUGUUUUCAAAGGCUUAUGUCCAUUAUGUUUUUCAAAACACUGUUAAGUGCUCCUUAAUAGUGAAUCAUAUCAAAAUGGCGCACUGUAAUACGUGUUGCUGCCGGGCUGUCAUAAAUCGCAGGUCUAUAAGGUUGGACUUCAGCUCUCCUCUUGGACCGGCAACUCAAGGGACAUGAACUUCAGUCGAUGACAGACUGAUUUCCCAUCCGUACCAUGCGUACGGAAACCUACGUGAAUGUAUUCAGAUGAGAUGUUCUAUCUGUAUUGCACAAGCUGCAAUCCUAGUUUUUGUUUUAAGUGCUUUAAGUUCGGUCUAUGUUGAAGAAGUCUCUACUUGUCUCUUUUGUGUGACAGAGAUAUCUUGAGAGGAACGAGAGCAGUUCGGCAGAUUGAGGGGAAACUGAGGACAAUGGCAGGCGGGUUCCCACAGCCGCCAUGUUUCACGUUCAUGGUGAACGAAGAACGGGGACUUUCCACUUCACACCUCAACCACCUGCUGGACACUGAAAAAUAACAUCAGUUACCAUUCUCUCUCUCUCUUUCUCUCUUUUUCCCAUCCAUCUUUUUUCCUUCUCUCUAUGGUUGUCAGACCAUGUUAAGCAGUGAGGGUUGAGCCUGGACAGCUGCAGUGGCAUUGCGUUGCAUCUGAUGACGCUGUCUAGACCCCUCCCACCCCGCCACCCCACUGAGUGGCCAGUCGAGGAGCCCACUCAGACAGUGUUGGAAUUGCCUACCUGCCUUAAGUGCACUCAAAUGCAGUUUGACCCCCCCACCCCCCAUCCAGACUGUGAGAAGCUCAUUUAGCGAAAGCCACUCUCCUGUUCAUUCUGUUUCACUAUACGCUUCCUGAAGGGGAAAAAAAAAAAAGAUAUCUACCUACAGUAGUGAUGUUUUUGUAUGGUUUCGUCCCGCUUUGGUUUCAGAUUGUUGUUUGGUUUGUAGCGCUAAUAUUUCUUAUUCUGCCUGCGGCUCUUUCUCAAUCACCUUCUGUUGUGUGAAAACCGAUGACGUGUUUCAGAAGAAAACGCUGAAGCCCGGACUGAGAGGGAGGUUUUACUUUUUUGUGGAGCAGAAGAACAGCGCUGUUUAUUUGCGACAUAGUGGGUUGGAAGGAUAUAGCUAAUAUUUUAACAAUUACUUGUUUUCCUGGUUGUUUUUUUUGUUUUUGUUUUUGUUUUUUUGCAGGUGGAUGCUUUGUGUUACUGUACAUCAAGUUGUCAGCUGACUAGACAACAUCUAUUUUUGUAUGUGAGAUCAUCAGUGUGUGAACAUAUUUCAGAAACCGUACCGAGACAGAAGGCCCAGGUACUGCAUAGGCUGCUGUACUUUGUAUGGAUAUGAACCAGAGGUUAGAUAUAUACAGUAUGUGAGUAUCUCUUUUGAGCUUGGUGGCAUUGAGGAUAACUGGUGACUGAAGUGAUACUCAAAAUAUACGUACAAUAGAAUUUUUCAAUGUAAAUUCUGUUAUUGUACAUACAGCAGUAUUGUGAAAUAUUUUUGAGAAUUAUUGCAGACGCCCCAAAAAGGUUUAUCGUUGUUUUGUGUAUAUACAUGUACUCCAGAGAUCAAUGUAAUUGAUAAAUAUCUAUAAUCAGUGUUUGAAAAAGGACAAAUCCAUUAGACUGUGGCUGUCUCCACCGUUCUUGACUUUGAGUCUUCUCAUAUAAAUACUUUAUACACUUUUCAAUGUGCUUUCCUGUACAUAUGGUGUUAGCAUGAUCAAACAGUGUUUGGUUGUAAAAGUGGUUUUCCUACUCCCAUAACUGCUGUGGUAUGGAAUUCAUUAACGAUGCCAAACAUUAAAGACAAUCUUUUAUCAGCUCUAA